CUCCCCUCCAGCCUCCCGGCUCCAGCCCCCCACCCCUGCGGCACCUGCCCAUCCCCCCGAACCCCACAGCUGCUCCCCAAUGGCCUUCCAGGGCCCCAACCCCGCCCUCCAGACCCAGCUGUGUAGCAAUGUUCUGGGGGCACUGACAGGGCUGAUCCAGCCCCCCCUGGCAGCUGGGCUGGGGGCGCCCCAGAAAUUUUACUGCCCCGCUGGGGUGCAGGGGGGGUCGCCCCAACAGCAGCAUCAGCCGGCGCUGGCCCAGACCCCGCCGGCCCCGGCCCGAAUGACGGGGGAACCCGAACCGGAUCGGCCCAUCGGCUACGGCGCCUUCGGAGUCGUGUGGUCGGUCACGGACCCCCGGGACGGGAAGCGGGUCGCCCUGAAGAAGAUGCCGAAUGUUUUCCAGAAUCUCGUCUCCUGCAAACGGGUGUUUCGGGAACUCAAGAUGCUCUGUUCCUUCAAACAUGAGAACGUGCUGUCAGCGCUGGAUAUCCUGCAGCCCCCCCAGAUCGACUGCUUUGAGGAGAUCUACGUGCUCACGGAGCUGAUGCAGAGCGACCUGCACAAGGUGAUCGUGUCCCCCCAGCCGCUGAGCGCCGAGCACAUCAAGGUCUUCCUCUACCAGAUCCUGCGCGGUCUGAAAUAUUUGCACUCGGCCGGCGUUCUCCAUCGGGACAUCAAGCCAGGGAACCUGCUGGUGAACAGCAACUGCGUCCUCAAGAUCUGCGACUUCGGGCUGGCGCGGCUGGAGGAGCCGGACGAGGGGCAGCCCAUGACGCAGGAGGUGGUGACCCAGUACUACCGGGCCCCCGAGAUCCUCAUGGGCACCCCCCACUACGGAGCCCCCGUCGACCUCUGGGCCGUCGGCUGCAUCUUCGCCGAGCUGCUGAGCCGGCGGGUUCUCUUCCAGGCCCCCAGCCCCAUCCAGCAGCUGGACCUGAUCACCGACCUACUCGGCACCCCCCCUCCCCACGCCCUGCGCUCGGCCUGCGAGGGGGCCCGGGCCCACGUGCUGCGGGGCGCCCACAAACCGCCCGCGCUGUCCGUGCUGCACCUGCUGUCGGGGGAGGCGACCCACGAGGCCGUUCACCUGCUCUGCCGUCUGCUGGUCUUCGACCCCGCCCGGCGGAUCUCGGCGCGGGAGGCUCUGGCCCACCCGUACCUGCAGGAGGGGCGACUCCGCUUCCACACGACCAUCUGCCGCUGCUGCCCCCGCCUGGCCUCGGGGCGCGUCUACGCCCCCGACUUGGAGCCCCCCGCGGCCCCCCGCUUCGACGACGCCGACGAGCGGGCCCUGCACUCCGUCUGGCAGGCCAAAGAGCUGGUUCACAGCUUCAUCCUGGAUCAGCAGAAGGGGACACGGGUCCCACUGUGCAUCAACCCCAACUCGGCCGCCUUCAAAACCUUCAUCCGGUCGACGGCCUGGCAUUCGUCGAAAGUUUCGAAGAAGGACGAGAGAUGAAGGCGGCUGGCAGCAGAUUUGGGGUUCGGGGGUGGCCAGACGGAAAGAGAAAGGGGGGGACGGAGCCAGCCGGCCGCGGCGGGACACACCCCGAAUUGCCUGCUGAACUGGUGGGGAAAAGACCAAGGGUCCUGGAGCUGAAAUCAAAGGGACCCCUCGAGUCCGUGCCGCAACACAGCCGCCCCAGCCCCCCCCGAACCUCCCUGCACCCCCAAACCCCCUGAGUCUGCACUGGGAAUACGGCCACCCCCUGAGCCCCCCUAAACCCCC